GAUCUGAUCCGUCUCCAACCAUGCAAAUCCCUUGAUAUAUAUAUAUAAGAAAACCCUCUCCUAACCAUCACCAUACCACAUCAAUCUUUCUAACACAUAACUACUCAAUCUCUACACCUUCUUCUAAAAUGCCAAACAUUCUCAUCCUCUCAUCCAUUCUUUCGUUGCUCAUCACAGCCUAUCCAAAUGCACUUCCCACUGAUAUCACGAACGGCAUCCGGACCGAUCCGGAUGCCAUUAGAGCAGCCUCUAAUGACUAUGGAAACCUUGUUCAUCAAGUCCCUUCUGCAGUUCUCUAUCCUUCAUCCAUUAACGAUAUUGUUGAGCUUAUUAAGGCGUCGUGUUGUAACUAUUCCACCCCGUUCACCAUUGCUGCAAGAGGGCGCGGGCAUUCCGUGAGAGGGCAGGCCAUGGCGGGCGGAGGGGUGGUGGUGGAGAUGGCUGCUUUGAGCAGAAAUGGUGGUGGGAUUAGGGUUUCUUGGAGCCGCUCAUUAGGGUAUUAUGCAGAUGUUGGAGGGGAGGAGAUGUGGGCCGAUGUUCUGCGGGUGGGGCUUGAACACGGUCUGGCCCCCGUUUCGUGGACUGAUUACUUGUACUUGACUGUCGGCGGAACGCUCUCUAAUGCCGGAAUCAGUGGGCAGUCGUUCCGACAUGGUCCUCAGAUCAGCAACGUUCUGGAACUUGAUGUUGUUACUGGUAAAGGGGAGUUGAUUACUUGCUCAAGAAACAUGAACUCCGAACUGUUCUUCGGAGCACUAGGAGGUCUGGGACAGUUUGGCAUCAUCACAAGAGCAAGAAUUGUCCUAGACAAAGCACCAGCAAGAGCAAGAUGGGCUAGGUUGAUUUACAGUAAUUUCUCGGAGUUCACAAGAGACCAAGAGCGUCUCAUCUUGACCAACGCCUCAAACUACGUCGAGGGUUUCCUAAUCACAAAUGAAAGAACUACGAAACAAUGGCGAUCUUCCUUCUCUUCACCUUCUCAUCAGUCUGACGUUGCUUCAUUGUGGAAGAAGCAUCGCCUCCUCUACUCCAUAGAACUCGUCAAGUACUACGACAAUCUAACUGCUAGUACCAUUGACAAGGAGUUUGGUGUGAUUCUUGAAGAGUUGAACUUCAUUCCAGGGUUCAUUUUCAGGAGAGAUGUCCCUCUUGUUGAUUUCUUGAACCGAGCUGGAAAUUUGGAUGAUGGGAGAGAAGAAUUGGAGGCUCAUCCAUGGCUCAAUCUCUUCAUACCAAAGUCUCGCAUCCACGACUUCUAUGAUGGUGUUCUUGAAAACAUGAUUCCCAAACUUAGAAAGACUCCUGGACUAUUCAUCUUCUACCCACUUAACACAAAAAAAUGGGACAGUCGCAUGUCUGCUGUUACACCAGAUGAGGACGUGUUCUACAAUCUGGGAUUGCUCCAUUCGGGUCGGCCCAAUGAGUCGGAUGUUUUUGAGCUGUUCAACAAUCAGGUGCUGGGAUUCUGCGAGAAGGCUGGAAUCAAAGUGAAGCAGUAUCUUCCCUACCACAAAUCCAGAGAGGAUUGGAUAAAGCAUUUUGGUUCCAAGUGGAGCAUUUUUCAACAAAGGAAAAUGGAGUUCGACCCCAAAAUGAUAUUAUCACCAGGACAGAGGAUUUUCAAUUAGAUCUGUGGCUGUCUAAUAACUCAUAUUUAUAUUUAUAUGGUACAAAAUGCAUAAAACCCCUAUAUUUUAAAAAAUUUGUAAAAUAAAUUCUCUUGUUAUGAAAAUUGGCUACAAGCCCCCCUGUGUUUUGUAAAACUCAGCUCAAUCGCCCCCCUCUUCGUUAAAUC